CUCGGCCCGGCCCGUCCCGGCGCGGCCGCCGCGAUGAACAGCGUGGGCGAGGCGUGCACGGAGCUGAAGCGCGAGUACGACCAGUGCUUCAACCGCUGGUUCGCUGAGAAGUUCCUCAAGGGCGACAGCGCCGGCGACCCCUGCGGGCAGCUCUUCAAGCGCUACCAGCUCUGCGUGCAGAAGGCAAUCAAGGAAAAGGACAUACCCAUUGAGGGCCUGGAGUUCAUGGGCCCGAGUAAAGGAAAAACUGAAAACUCCUCUUGAUGUUGGCUGUAUGGGUGGAGUCACUAAUAGGAGCCUUUGAACUAAGCACCACCACCAGGUGUACCACAGAUGCCACCUUUGUUAACUGAUUUCUAGGAAGUGACAAAUGUUCUCUGCUUGUGAAAACAAACAGCUGAAAGAAAAAAAAAAAAAAAAAGAAGACUAGAUCAUGUAGUGACUGCUGCCUGUUUUCCAGUGAAAGUGGUUCAGCAUCUAAUGGCUUAAAAAUCCAUCUGAACUGACUUCCUACUGAAUGUGCUCGGUAAUGGGGAAUGUUGGUUGGAGUGGGCUGAGAUGGUUUCUUUGUGACUGAUUUCUUUAUUUCUUUUGCUUAUUUAUAUAACACUUGAAAGUGUUCAAAAAUAAUCUGAAGGGGUUAAUGUACUUUCUGUCAUCUCUUCUACUGAAUUUUGGUGAAGUUAACUUUCAUGUCAUCCUGAAUGCUGAAGGGCUUAAGCACCGUUUUGUGUCAGCUACAGAGAUGGUUCAAAAGCACUAGUGGACCUGAAACAGCUUGGCUGAAAUAAAUAUAACCAGGUUAUAUUUUGUUUAAGUAGGUAACUGUGCAGUAGAGUCUGACUGUGACUCCUAGGAGAGAUGGAGGUGGCCUGCUCAGCAGCUGAAGAGAAGACUUUUAAUGCAGAAGUUACUUCAGCUUUUCCUGAGGUACCAACACAUCCAUGAACUUGAUUUCUCUCUCCUUUAGCAUUACACAUUUCUGUGGUUUGAUCCUCACACAAGGAUGGGGCAAAGCUUGUCCCUCUCCUUACACCAACACGGGUAAAAGAGUAAAAGAUAUUAUGGCCUGGGGACAAAAGAUAACUUCAUAAUCCUAGAAUUACAGUGAGCAAAAAAGAAAGCUUCACUCUGGUUUUAAUUACUACUAAUUAUUUAAUGGUUUUACGUAAAAAUAAUAAAAAGGUGCAGUUCUCAAACAUUACAGCUGGGCUGUCCACACCACAGCCCCUCACAGACCCCAGACACUGAGUCCUGUGGGCCUUGUGCAGAGGAUCAGGGAUUGCUGCAGCCUGAGGCUGUUUUUCCUGUGCCAUUUACUUACCCAGGUGAGCCACACUCUUGUUCUCAGGUGCAGAGAACUCCUACAGUGUCACCACAGGGGUUAAAUAUAUCACUGAAAAAAACAGGCUGUUGGCAAAGUGCUGUGUCACUCAGGUAUAAAUAAAAACAGGUCUAAGGGAAGGAUCUAUAAAUACCAUUUUGGCGACAGACAACUAUUCCUUUUUUAAGGAAUAACACAAAAAUAGUUUACUUUUCUAUGAUCUUCAUGUAGGGCUAAAUGUAACGUGACUGUCAGCCUUAAACAACUGUGCCCAUCAGUGCCUUGUACUUUCAACACAGGAAAACUUGUGUCAGCAAUCUUUUACUGGUAAGCAGACAAAAAAAAAACUCACAUGAAAACAUGGGGAAGGGCAUCCUGCAGUACCCACUUUGAGAUUCUCUCUUGCCAUCUAUCACUCCUUUCAACAGCACGAUGCCAAAGCAGCUGCUGCAUUUGACCUUUUGGGAAGAACCACAUUAGUGAUAGCUGAGAUAGAGCUCAGUCUCACAUCGUGCAAAAAAUAGAGAAUUUAUAGUAAGAACUAGAAAAUGGUUGGUUUGUAGUGAGCAAAAACUUGAAAAUGAAGGUUGGAUUGGCACAGGCUAAGUCUGUUGGCUCACUAAUCCCUUCUACUUCAAGCAGUUUCUACAUAACACAGUACACGUUAUACAAACAUAAGCAGUAGAGCCAGAACUGUGUUUUCUUCUGCAAAACCUGUGUGAGAGACUUUGUACAGACUGCAGCCUUAUGGAAAGCAGAGUGGUGAGCACGAUAUGUGCUGAUGUACCUGAAAAUUUGAGAGCUGAAGGUGAACAGUGCGAAGGCAGAGCUUAACAUCUUUGCUGCCAUUCCUUCUGCCAGAAGGGACCAAGACAAAAUCACCUUCAUGACUUAAUAAA